CUGAGUUAGUAGUCUGGUCUCGGGUCAGCCGCUCCUACAAAGUCGUCGAGAUCGUAGCUUAUCAGUUUUGAUUUCUCAGAGGGAUGAGUUUAUCUCCCAGUUGUCGAUCCGAUUUGGUACCAAACAAGUCUGUGCAUUUGGAUGAGGUUCCACUGAUAAGAGUCUCGCGGUUCACAGGCUGGAUAGACUUGUUCGCCUCAAACCACCCCCGAACUAUCGGUUUUUGUGACGACACCUCUUUAUCAGCCUCUAAGCGAACCAUCGCUGCCUCUGCCUCGGUACUUUCAUCGUUCUCUAGGGCUUCUUGUUCAUCCGAACCCGCUCGCAAGACUGCUUUGGGAUAUUAUCCACCGAAUCAUGGAGAACCCAUCCAUAUCAGUCUCCAUUCAAGAGUGACCGGUCAAUUGCGGAUCAUCCAUUCCCAUUGUUCGCUUCGAGAUAGUUCAUGCGGUCCCCAAGAGAAUGAUCAACCUUUCGCCAAGAUCUAUCCCUCAGGGCUCUAUCCUGGAGCCGUGAGAUUGAAUGAACCUCUUGGCUCAGUCGUUCGGAAUUACGUGGGCAUAAUCACCCUCCGCCUGUCAUUACUUGGAACGAUGCAAUUGUCUUAUCUACGUGAAUAUUGGAUCUGCAAUGGAUCUCCUGAUUUGGAAUCCAAAGACUUUCCGAACUACUCUGUACAUUGGGGUUGGUUCUCAGCCUGAAGUGUAUACCGAGGGAUUCCUUUAAGCGACCAGUGAUCCGAGAUAGUGUUCCUGGGUAUUGGAAUUAUUGGAAACUCAGCUCUUCUUGUUCAGGAAGGGAACGUGAUGAUCAGAUAAGGCCUCUAUAGACCUGCUUUGAGUCUUGUCAUAGACAUC